UCCUCCUCCCGCUUCCCUUUACUUGAAGGGCCAGCGCCGCUGUAGCGGCAGAGCCUGAGAGCGGAGCGGGCGGCGCACGGAGAGGAGGAGACCCGCCGCCGACCCUCCGCCUCAAGUGUCCCGGCAGCAUCCCGCGCCUCCGCCCCGUCGAGCCGCAGGACCGGUCGGGAGGGGAGCUCAGGCUGGACAGGCCGCGGGGGGACGGGGCUGUCCUCGCCCUGCGGGCGCUGGGCCGGGGCUCGGAUCGCCCUCUCUGCGCGGAGCUGCCCGGCGGAGCCCUGCCCUGCGGGCGGGCGGGCGGCGGUGGCGCCGGGCUGGGCUCGCCCCUCGGUGGCCGCCGCGGCCAUGCUGGCCCGGGCUGGGGGGCGGCGGCGCCCUGAGCGGGGGUCGCCGUAGAGCCGCGGCGGGCGGGGGAGGCGCCGCGUUCGCACCGCCGGGGCCCGCGCUCCGCCUGCGGGGGCUGCCCCCGGGGAGGGGGAGGCGCGGGGAAGGACAGCAAGCGGAACAACUUCUGCUAAUCGAAAACAGAAAAGAAAAAAAAAGGAGGCUUGUUCGUGGGACAUCUGCGAAGCUCAGUACCACGCGAGGCAUCCCAGCCGCAGUGAAACCCUCCAUGCUAGUGCAUCCCACCACAGUGACAGGAGGGACGCUGGCUGUGGCCGCUGUUCCCAAGCCCCGCUUGCAUUAGAGUCGCCUUGUUUUUCUGGCUGGAAGAUGAUUCCUGCAACAGGACCAUGUUGCUGAUGAUGAACAGCAGAGUCGUUGGAAGAUGCCUUCCUUGAGGAUUACACGUGGAACGAGGCCAUCAGUCGAGGGGAGAGCUGGCUGGUGAAACUGUCUGACUUUCCCCCCACCGGGGAAGUGGCUUCAAUGGCUCCAUCUCCCAGGAGAAGCAGUAGGAAAGAUGCCAGCGCCCUGCCAAGCAUGUCCUCAACUUUCUGGGCUAUCAUGAUCCUGGCUAGUCUCCUAAUCGCUUACUGCAAUUAUAACAGCUAUUUUGGAGCGGAUAACCCUCAAUGGCUGUAUAUGAGACAUUGCCCGGGGUGCCUCCAAGAUGCUUUUGAGCUGGAGAGACCUCUUGAAGUUUGUGGUCAGCUGGCUGCAGGUACAUGUGAGAUUGUUACUUUGGACAGAGAUAGCAGUCAGCCCCGAAGGACUAUAGCCCGACAAACAGCUCGCUGUGCAUGUAAAAAAGGACAGAUUGCCGGUACAACAAGAGCAAGGCCAGCGUGUGUUGAUGCACGAAUUAUCAAAACAAAACAGUGGUGUGAAAUGCUUCCAUGUUUAGAAGGAGAAGGCUGUGAUUUGCUAAUCAAUAAAUCAGGCUGGACCUGUACACAACCAGGAGGACGGAUAAAAACAACCACGACUCAAGAUCAGCUGGAAAUAUCCUGAGGCCAUGGUCUAGUGGUCUGAGCUUGGGAACUGGGAGCCAGAAACUCCUGAGCUCUAAUCCUGGCUCUGACAGUGACUCCCUCUGUGGCCUUGGCCUGUCUGAGGCCAUGUGGUUUGGAGAUCUGAUCACUAGUCCGAAAAGGAAAGGCUGUUUGCAAGAUUUCCGGGGUGUUUUUUCCUGGAAAAGGUCUCCUGACAAAUGCAGCAACACAGAAUCCUCGUAGGAGUGGUUUAGGCUCUCUGUGAGCUACUUAACUUAGUCAAGUUUCACUGCUGUUGAUCAUCAUCUGUUAUAUGUCAUCAACUCAACUGUCUGUUUCUCUGUAUCUCAUGAAUGACAGCAUAAUUCCUCUGCAUUAUGAGCUAAAGUUUGUUCUACCAUUCUAAGGAUCACUGGACUAAGGAAUAUAGAAAAAGAGAUAUGCUUGGGCAUUAGCAAUACAAAAAAGUUCAUGGUUAACGUUUCAUCUGCGUUAUACACCACUGCUGGACUUGCUGUUACCUACAUGUUUCAAUCCGAAGAGUCUGCUACAAUGAAGAGUAUCAUCCCAAUCAGCCUUAGAGAAGACUGUUUUGCCUAUGGGAGGACACUGAGGUGCAAAAGAGAAACUCUUCUUGUGCCCUAAACUGUCUGAAUUGCUUUUAUUUUCUUAUACUUUCAGUAUUUACAAUAGACCAAAGAGCAAAAUCUAUUUUAAAGUGGACACAAUCUUACUCUUAAGAGAGUUAUGUCAUUAAAUUGAAGGUCUCCACAAAGACAUGAUUCCAGCUUUCACAAAGCUGAAAUGUUGUCCAGCAGAAGUCUUUACGGAAAGCUGAAGUAAAAACUAAAUCAGAAACCUGCUCUUGAAAUGCCAUGUUCAAGAGAACAUAAUGGAACACUGAGAGAAAAUUACCUAUGUUUGAAAAACUUGGACAAAAAGAACACAAACUGUCUAUACAGCACCUUUAUUCCUCUGUACUUAGAUUGACUUUCUCGUACUAAAAUCAUUUUCCGUUUUAACCAGUUAAACAUGCCUCUUCUACAGUUCCAUUUUUGAUAGUUAAAGUUGGAUAAUACAGUAUUUGCAAAGAGCAUGUUUGGUCAUCUGUGGCCUAUGUCUCAUCUGAUACACCAUUUAGCACCAGAAAGCAAAUUAAAGAGAAAACAAAAGUAACACUUGUUUGAAAGAGAUCAUUAAAUGUAUUUUGAAAAGCCUAAAGUUAUAUAUUUAACAGUUUUUAUAUGUUGUAUAUUUGUAGAAAAUCCUAUUUAACAAUUAACGUGAUAACUCUGACAGUCAUGAAAAGUGGUUCAGAGUUAAGUUGUGUUUUAUUACUUCAGUUGUCUCUGAAGUGACUGGUGUCGUUUGCUUUCUUCCACUGGGACAUUCUGGAUGUAAAGCAUGACCAGAGAGGACUGUGUAGAAAAAGCAAAGAAUAAUGUUGUUUAUAUUACAUAAAUGCAUUCAACCAUUGCACUGUUGGAAGGCAUUUUUUAUUUUUAUUUUAUUUUUAUUUUUUUGUCUUUAUGUACUGAUAAAAAUAGAGUGUAAAAUAUUUUACUCAUUGCUCUUCAUAGCAAAGUUUUCCUUCCUUCCUUCCUUCCUUCCUUCCUUCCUUCCUUCCUUCCUUCCUUCCUUCCUUCCUUCCUUCCUUCCUUCCUUCCUUCCUUCCUUCCUUCCUUCCUUCCUUCCUUCCUUCCUUCCUUCCUUCCUUCCUUCCUUCCUUCCUUCCUUCCUUCCUUCCUUCCUUCCUUCCUCCCUCCCUCCCUCCCUCCCUCCCUCCCUCCCUCCCUCCCUCCCUCCCUCCCUCCCUCCCUCCCUCCCUCUCUCUCUUCCCUACUUUUAUGUAAGGGUCAAUUUGAAGCCUGUUCCUUGAUCCCAUUUUCAGUGUUUUACCUCACUGUUAGAAAGCCCACUUUUUCAGCAUUAUUGGUUAGUGAAAAUUUAGCAAAGACAGCAUAGACAAGGGAGAAAUUAUGAUAAAACAGAAACAAAAUCUUGUUUCUUUUACUGUACCUUUUGGCAUAUAAUUUUAGUACAUAUUGGUAUGAUACAAUCAACAAGGGAGCUUAAUUUCUUCCUGGCAAAUGUAUUACGGUUUCAAGUAUACUACCUAAUAUUCCAAUUAACUUUUAGUGUUAUGCUAGUUCUAUUCUAAUAAAGAAAAAAGAUAUAGAGAUUAUUCAAGUGACCAUAGAUGAAAGAUACAAAAAUGAAAAAUUGAUUAAAGAAUUUUUUAAAAGUCUACUCAAACACUGAGGCUUAUAUAAUGUAGAGGUUGCAGGAAAAUAUGAACUAUGGAUCAUUUUGUCUUCAAGCAAAAUAAAUAUAUAAAAAAUUCUUAUUUAAUCAUAGGAUUUUGACCAGUAUCAAAGUAGCAAUUAAAGCCCAACCACUUGUAAAGUGUUAUGGACUGACUGCACUAUAAAUGACCAAUGUCAGGUUUAAAAUGUCAUGCAAUAAAUGAUGGUAAAUAGAUUUACUGUACAUGUAGACCUCAAGAGCCAGAUCCCUCACUCUACCAACUCUCUGUUUUGAUUUAUUUUAAAGGGAGCUUCGUAGCCUUAUUUAGUAAACACAGAAAAAUGGAAGAUGUUGCAUCAUUUUUGUUGCUUUACAGUAUUCAGUUUUGUGUUGGUUCAGCUAAAUUAUGAAAAAUAAAGAAAAACCUUUUAUAAGUGA